UGAUCAACUUUUAAUAAAUUCAUGGAUCGAAAAAUUGAAACAUAAAGUUGCAAGAAAAUGCAAAAUGGAGAAUCGUAGUUACGAGGAGUUUCAGGCUGCAUUACAAAAAGAGAUCGAUACCAGCAAUUUUGAAAAUGCUGAAUUCAUUGCAGAUGAUAAUAUAAUAAAUACUGAAAAAAUUAAUGAUUUUACUAAUGGUGGUGUAUUUUGGUUUCCUGACUUGACUGUUGCUGAUUCAACUUG